AGCAUUGACCAACUGAACCUCCAAUUUUAGCCUCACCCUCAUCUUCCAAUUUCAACCAAAACAUGUUGAGAAACAAGGGGCACAACACAACACACAUUCUCUCUUCUUGUCUCUUGCACAAUACAUGGAAACAAACAUAGCAUUAGUUCAUACCCGUUUUGUAAUAGCUCUAACUAAUUAUAGGCAAAGAAAACUUGAAUGUGUUUGAUUUAUUGACAAUGUAACGGUUCCUAUGUUUCUGUCUAGAAGCCAAAUAUUCUCCACCACCACCUUGUUCUCCUCUGUUUCUGUUCUCUGUUUUUCUACCAAGUUUUGACAAACAAAGGUUCCAAAGGAACAAACAUUUUGAUGUUGUUGCAACGUUUUCAUUGUCUCCACCCUUUAUCUUGAAAUGGGUCACUCUUUGUUUUCUGCAUUGUUGGUUUCUUCUCAGGAAACCCACCUAGCCAUUGAUCAUUCCUGACAAAGCUUCAACCAGAGAUGCAACGAAGAAACCAGCAAUAGAAGAAGAGAGAAAUGGCAUCCUCCCAGGUUGGAAUUGCUUCAACCUCUCCAUUUAAUCGUCGUGAUGCAUGGAGAGACCACAUUAGCAGCUCCAAUCUUUCUUCUGUGUCCUCUGACUCUGCACCAAACCAGAAUGCUCAGAAACCAAUUGGUAAUGCUAAGAAGAACCUUGGAACCUUGAGUUUCACGAGAAGGAUUCAUAACAUCUUCAGGGAGAAGGAUGAUUCCUCAUUGUCUGCAUUGGUGAGCCCCAGGCAUAAGCGAAUCAUUGAUCGAUGGGCUGCCAAACAAGCUCAAGAAGCGGUGACAACGACGAAUUGUCAUGAUGAAGUCGAGGUGUUCGACGAUUUUCCUCACAGGAGAGAGGCGUCGGUGUCCCCUCCUCGUUCGGAUGGGUCGACAAAAAGUGAAGUAUCAAGCCUUGGUGCUUCUUCCCUGGUUCAGAUAUGGGAAAAGAGGCUCAACAAAUCCAAACCAUGUACACCUGCAGCUUCACCAGGAAGAAUUACUACUAGUCCUGAUAUUGCAGGAUUAUGCAAUGAGAAUGCAUCAUGUCCUGUGGAAGAACAAUGCAGGGUCUCAGAAGAAGGGGAAUCUUCGGAUGAACCACAAUGUAAUGAGGAAUCAUCUCCCAAUUGGGAAUCUGAGAAAACAUCACUGAAUGAUCAAUCAUGUUCAUUGAAAGUUCAGAGUUUAGAUGCUGCUGAAAGAGAGAGGGGCAGGGUAGCAAAUAUCAUCAAGAGGCUCGCGGUUACAAAUCAAAUGCAAAGUCCUGUGUCGCUAAUCAGUAAUGACAAUGAUAAUAACGAGCCAUGUAGUGCUUCUACACCAAAACUUAAACAAUCAGAACAUAGAGUCUUUGCUCAGGUCAUAAGCUCCCCCCGCAUUAGGGGUCGCCAAGCAUUCAAUGAUUUGAUUAUGCAGUUUGAGAAUGAACGACAUGGAGAGCUCAACAAUCUUGCAGAGCGAGGUGCGGUUACGAAGUUCACACAAAGGGGUCGUAUUCAGUCAGUGCUUCGACUUAGGUUAUUACAACGUGGAGUAGCAGUUUUUGAGCAAUCCCCCACGAAAUCAGCAGCAUCUGAAGUGAACAGACAACAACAAGGAUCAGUAAUUGUGCAACUAAGGGAAAGAUUUAACACAGGAGAUGAACAUAGAACUUCAGCCUUGGCAGAAGUAUCCGAUUCAAGAAGUCCUAGUGGUGAGAUAGGAAGCAACACCCCACAACUGGAUAACUUUCCUACCUCCAAUCAGCUCAGCAAAGGCAGUUCCAGCAAGACUGUUUCUAGCACUGGCAUUCACUGUAAAGAACCUGUACAGAACUCAAUUUCUCAAACUAGUGCAGACAAAAACAAAGAAGCUCAUCCUAGUUCCGAUGUCACAUUCCAAAGAACGUUGUUUGAAGCGCAGAGUGAUGAUGCCAAAGAAACCACUGAGGCAUCUUCAUCCAUUGCUGAUUCAAAUGCAAAUGAGGCUGUUGUUAAGGUAGAGGCAAGUUACCAGAAGCAGCAUGCUACUGCUGAACCCAGUUAUGAUGAGAUAGUAGAAGAGGAAGAGGCUAGUGACCAGAACUAUGAUGAGGCUCGUUAUGACUGGAUCAGUCAGAUUUCUCGGCCUAGGAGCUAUUGGGAAGAACUUAGGCAUGCAUGGUAUCAGAAAAUGCUUGACUUUGGUUCACAUAAUGAUGAUAGACGUAACCUCCUUGAAAGAAGAACAGUGUCUACUGUUCUUUCUUGUGAUGACUUCCGCAAAAGGAUGGAUAGAAUGAUGAAGUCUCAUAUGGGAACACAGACAGACCUGGUCAAUAGUCAAUACGACAUGGAAGACGAAGGGAACAUGGAACAACUGAUGGCAUUUUUUCAUGACCGCUUGCGUUCUAGAGGAAGUCCUCAAGAAGAUGGAAGAGAUGGAAGGGAGGAGGAAGAGGUGAUGAGGAGAAACAACGAAGUAGAAGUAGAAGAGGAUGAGGAAGAGGAAGAGAAGAGCACCAUUUGUAGUGGUUCCGAUCAUGAACUUGGUGAUUAUUUCAAUCAAACUCCAUUAUCAAUGAAUACACCUUCCUCCUCAACAUGGAGUUAUAGAGACCCUGAUGCUGGGGAUGAUUCUGAUAGAGUUGCUUCUGUAUCGUCACCACUACCUUCUCAGCAAUACUCUUCAUCCGCGAAUCACCAUUCAAUUGAAAUGGAAUACAUAUACGAUAUGCAUGGGCAAAUGGUUCAACUUUUUCAUGAGAUGUCUGAGCUAAGGAAAUCAAUUAAGAGCUGCAUGGACAUGCAGAUGCAAUUACAGAAAUCCAAGUACCAAAAGGUUCACCCAGUUAAAGAAGAAGAAGCAAAGGAGUCCCUUAACAGGACACCAAAGAAAGGCAUCUGUGGCAUUUGCUAUGAGAAUAAAGUAAACUCGGUUCUAUACAGAUGUGGGCACAUGUGUGCAUGUUUCAAAUGUGCCAAUGAGUUGCAAUGGAACAGGGGAAAAUGUCCAAUAUGUAAAGCUGAAAUAAUAGAUGUUAUCAGAGUACAUACUAACCCAGAACCCUUAUGGUGGACAAUGUCUAGCUAAGCAGCCAUAGAUGAAUAACAUGUUUGGAUCAACUUCUCUUUUUGCUUAAAUCAAUUUUGAAAGUCAGAAGCUACUCAUAGAAGCUUUUUUCCAGAAUUGAUUCUAACUUUAGAAUCAAUUGUAGAAGGAUUCCCAAACAUGUACUGAUUCCUCAAACUUGGCAAACUGCAAAGAAGGCAAUCCACCUGUUUUCUAUUAAACUAGAGUGCUUUUACUUGAGAGUAGUUUCAUUUUCAUUUCUGAUUCUACUCUCUCCACUCAUUCUUAACAUCCUCUUUUUCUUUUUUUUAUAUAUUUCAAAUGUAAAUCCUCUUUAUGUAAUUAAAUUUUGUAAGGAGAAAUGCAAGGGAUUUUUGUCCAAUGUACAUUCAUUAGUUUCAA